GGAUCUGUGUACUCCUCCGCGGCUGCUACCCCGCCGCCGCCACCGCCUCUGCCGCCGCCGCCGCCGCUGCACCGCCAAGGAAAGCUUCCGGUGCGACGGAGGUGGUUCCGGUUCGCAGCGGUUCCCGGGUUCUGUGUUCGGCUCCCGGCCGGAAACCCCCUCGCGUGGCGCCCGGUUCCGGUUCGGACCCUGUAUCUUCUCUGAAUUAUGUGAUGUGAGAAGACUUGACAUGGAUGAGAUUUCUGAUACUAUGAGGAUGGAGUCUAUAGAAACAACUUUAGUGAACCACAACACCAUAUUCAAAACACAUCUGCCAGAGAUAGGUUUUCAAGAGAACCAGCUUUCACAUUCUGACCACCAGGGUUUGCCUUCUAGGCCUGAAAAUUUGGAUCCGCCUUUUACUUGUUCCACAAGGAGUACAGUAUAUAACUCAAAUUAUUAUUCAGAUAGCCCUUCCUCAGACAGUUUUCUGGUUGGGCCAAGAACAUUUGGUCAGAGUGUGAAUGGCCACUGGAGAAAUUCCACCCCUGUACCAAGUUCAGCUUUACAGAAACCCAGAAUCAGCCGAAGUCUUUACCAUGACACCCGAAAGGCCUCCAGUGGAAUGUCAAACACUUUUGUUGGAAAGUCAAACCAUCACUGUCAUAUGACUGCAUAUGAAAAAACCUUUCCUAUUAAGCCUGUUACAAGUCCAUCAUGGAGUGGUUCAUGUCGUCGUAAUCUUUUAAGCCCAAAGAAAACCCAGAGGCGAUAUAUUAGUACAGCAGAAGAGACAGUUCGAGAAGGAGAGAGAGAGAUCUACAGACAGUUGCUACAGAUGGUUACUGGAAAACAGUUUUCCAUAGCCAAACCCACCACGCAUUUUCCUUUACACCUGUCUCGAUGCCUCAGUUCCAAUAAGAGUGCUUUGGAAGAUCCAGUGUUUAAAGAGUCAAACUCCUGUGCAGCUCAGACCAUUGGCUCUGACACUCCAUCAAGCAACUCAGCCAGCAUUUUAAAUACCCAGGAACAGCUUUCCCACCCCACUAUACAAUUUCCCCAGUCUCCCUACCUUCUAGGUGUUGCUACAAAUGAAACCAAGAAUUCUAAUCUCCGCUGUCAACCUCACCAACGCACCUCUCCUCCACAUCAGCCAAAUCACAUACCAGCUCCAAAUGUACAGUCUGAAGGAUCAGACUCUGUCAUUUUACUCAAGGUGAAAGAUUUCAGAGCUCCCACUCACAGUCCUUCCUUCUUCCAGGCAGAGCUGUGGAUUAAAGAAUUAACCAGCGUUUAUGAUUCUCGAGCACGGGAGAGAUUACGUAAAAUUGAAGAACAGAAAGCUCUGGCAUUGCAGCUUCAAAACCAGAGACUGCAAGAACAAGAGCAUUCAGUACAUGACUCAGUAGAUCUGCAUCUUCGAGUGCCUCUUGAAAAGGAGAUCCCCAUCACAAUCACCCAGGAAGAAGAGAAAGAGCCUGGUAAAGUGACUGAUAGUGAAGAUGAGUUUCCUGAAAUCACAGAGGAAAUGGAGAAAGAAAUAAAGAAUGUGUUCCGUACUGGCAACCAGGACGAGGUUCUCAGCGAAGCAUUCCGCCUGACUAUCACCCGCAAGGACAUUCAAACUCUCAACAACCUCAACUGGCUCAAUGAUGAGAUCAUCAAUUUCUAUAUGAAUAUGAUAAUGGAGCGAAGUAAAGAAAAGGGAAUGCCAAGUGUCCAUGCAUUUAAUACCUUUUUUUUUACCAAAUUAAAAACGGCUGGGUAUCAGGCAGUGAAACGGUGGACAAAGAAAGUGGAUGUUUUCUCUGUGGACAUUCUUUUGGUACCUAUUCACCUGGGAGUACACUGGUGUUUAGCGGUAAUAGACUUCAGGAAGAAGUAUAUCACCUAUUAUGAUUCAAUGGGUGGAAUAAACAGUGAAGCUUGCAGGAUCUUGCUGCAGUACCUAAAGCAAGAGAGCCUUGACAAGAAAAGAAAAGAAUUUGAUACCAAUGGCUGGCUUCUCCUCAGCAAGAAAAGCCAGGAAAUUCCCCAGCAGAUGAAUGGGAGUGACUGUGGGAUGUUUGCCUGUAAAUAUGCUGAUUGCAUUACCAAAGACAGACCAAUCAAUUUCACACAGCAACACAUGCCAUACUUCCGGAAGCGGAUGGUCUGGGAGAUCCUCCACCGCAAGCUUCUUUGAGAGCCACCAUGGUCAGCAGUCGCUAGCCUCGUGGGGGACCAGCUCUGAGCUGUUUCCAAGGUCUCUGGCCAAGAAGCCUUGGGAACAAUUGCUCCCACUUUGUUUUUUUUGUUUUUUUUUUGUUGUUGUUGUUUUUUUAAACCUAAAGAACUUCAGUCCUGGACCAGAUCCUGGCACGAUACGUUCACAAGCACACCUGCCUUUCCUUUUGUAUCUCAGAACCUAUUUUUGCAACGUAACUUUGGUGCUGUGAAGAGAGAGGGUAAGGGAUUUUCUCAAGCUGAAGAGAGACACUGUUUUCCCCUUCUCCAGUUCUGCCAUCUUCUUUUGAAAGGGCUCUAACCACCCCCAGUCCUUGUUAACCAAAAUGGGCCCUGCAAGUUUCAUUAAGAUCUGAACAGGCUUGGAAAUUUUCUAUUUCAGAUCUACUGCUGGUGUUGGGUUGUAUUGGGAGGUAAGGGUAUGUGCACAUGCAUGCUUGCCCACACACAACUGUCAAAGUUUGUGGACAGGAAUGUGUUUAAACUGGAAUUCUGGGUACAUGCAUGGACCAAUGUUCCUUUUUAAUCUCUCCCACAUGGAAGCUGACUUUAUCAUCUCCCAUCUCCUCCUGUUCCUUUCCCAUACUUCAUUUGCAGAGUAACAUGCAGGUCCUGGAGCCCCCAAAAGCCCUUUCCCUAGAUGUGGGGUUUUGCCUAGGAUUGGAGUUUUUGGGAUAGGGAGACCCACACAGGAAGCAGAUUAGAGAAGCAACAAAGUACCAUUUUCACUGGCUCCCAUUUCUGAGCAAGAGAAAGGACCUCAGUCUUUAACAUAAAAUUCCAGCAUUGAAUGAAUGUAGGUCCAGUCCAAUCUGUGGCAAGUUAGUUUAAAUAUAUUUCUAACCACAGAGAAUGUAAUAUAUGUAUUUCACAAGGAAAUGCUUCUUUUUUAAAAAAGGAAAAAAAGCCGAGUGUGUUCAUCAGUCGGCCUGCAGACUUGUUUCCAUUUUCCAAAUUUAGCUCUAGCACGCACAGAGCUCAAGCCCUGUAUGCAGGGUAUUCAUGGGCUUUCUGACAGAACCUUUUGAAACUUGAAUGAAUUUUGGCUGAGGAGAGGGUGGAGGGUGCAGCAUGCAGUGGAUAAUGAAGUGUUCAGCUCUAGGACAGACAGGGUUUGAGCUUCCUGAAUUGGGAUGCAAAAAUCUCUGCUCUUUCUGGUACCCUCCUCCCCACAGUCCAAGAACCUCCUUGGGCUUGGGUAGUGAAGAUGAACUGUCAGUGUCAUUUUGUACUUAAGUUCCAAAAAAGGAACAUUUUAUACUCUUUUUCUGUAUUGUAAUAGGUAGUUUUGUAUUGAAUCCUUUUCUCCUCUUCCCCUUAUCCCCAUCCUAUCUCUUCUCAUAUCGCACUUUUCCUGGUCUCAUUUGAAGAUCUUAUUGUUUUCUACUGAGCUUGUUUAGUACAUUUUUGUAUGUUUGCCACGAGUUACAAUUUUGAAAUGAAAAUUAUUUUUUUUAAUAUUCCAUUGUUAACUGAAUGUUGAUGUGUCCAUCCCAGCAACCAUCCUAUCUCUUUAACAGUCUGCCUUCUUGGGAAAGGCCACUUUUUUUUCGUGUUUUGUAUAGGAAAUAAAUGGCUUUCAAUAUCA